AUGGCGGAUGGAACAGUUUUCAAAUUGGGAACUGAGAGCACGUCCAACACUUUCAGCUUCUCUCUCCUCCCUUGCUCUUCUCCGUUGCUCUGCCCCCGAGAAGCUAUGGCUGGAAAUGCAGCUGCAGAAACCGCGGCAAAGACAGUGACGACGGCGUUUCAGCAUCCGUGGAGGGCGAAGCUUGACAAAUACAGAACGGAGGAGUGUAUGGUUACUGGGAGAUGGGGUUGUGGAAACUCAUUCAUUCUCAGUGGUGGAUGA